GAGCGGCUAUGAGUCUGCUUCCAAGCACUUCAAUCCAGCUGAUGUGGAGGUGAAUGUGGCUGGAAGAUCCUUUCUGGUCACUGGUGCCAACAGCGGCAUUGGCAAGGCCACAGCCAAAGAGAUAGCGAGGAGAGGUGGCACGGUGCACCUGGUUUGCCGAAAUAAGGAGCUGGCUGAGGUCGCCAAAGGGGAAAUAGUGACAGAAACGGGCAAUCAGAAUAUCUUCUUGCAUAUUGUGGAUAUAUCUAAUCCCAAGGAAAUCUGGAAGUUUGCUGAAAAAUUCAAAAAUGAACAUAAAUUAAAUGUGUUGAUCAACAAUGCAGGAUGUAUGGUGAAUAACAGGGAAUUAACUGAAGAUGGACUGGAAAGAAACUUUGCAACAAACACUUUGGGUACGUAUAUUCUAACAACUGCUCUGCUGCCCCUCCUGGAAAAAGAAGCUGAUGCCAGAGUGAUAACUGUCUCUUCUGGGGGCAUGCUAGUUCAAAAAUUAAACAUAUCUGACUUGCAGUCAGAAAGUGGGACAUUUGAUGGAACUAUGGUGUAUGCGCAAAACAAGAGACAACAAGUUGUCUUGACAGAACAAUGGGCAAAAGCUCACAGAAACAUCCAUUUCUCUGUUAUGCACCCCGGCUGGGCAGACACUCCAG